UAUGGUUUAUUAUUUGUUUAUUGUUUGUUUAUUUUAAAUGGGUUGGUUGACAUUUUGAGUUGAUUAAAGUGUUUUUGUUGGCAGUAAAUGCUCUCUUAUUUUAAUGUAUUUGUUUUGUUGUUUUGAAUGUACUUUGCAAAUGUGUGUGUAGUUGUUUUUUUUUUAAAUGAGUAUAUGUUGAGAACUAACGUUUAGUUGUACUUACCUUACGAGGUUCCCGGCUUUCAUAUGUGUUCGGUCAAGAGCUUCUUCAUAAUUAGCUCAAUAAUUUGAAGAAAGCUUAUCUCGUUUUAUGCGUGAUCUAGUUUUACGACUGGAGCUUUCCAUCAACUGACAUAUGAAACCCCCAUGCAAGCGAAAUCCUUCUGGCCUAGAGGGAAACGCAAAAGGGUCUCUUAACUUUUUGCUUUCAGCAAAGCCAAUCUCGCCGCAAUUUUGGAUCUUCUGUGUAGAUAAUGUCCAACUGGACCUCACACGCAAUGCGGUUAAACGAUUUUUCGUGCCUUGUUUGCCAAAACUUUGUAGAGGAAAGCAACGUGGAUUCAUAUCGGCACUUUCUCUUCUAUUUAGCUUUAAACACUUCGUCUCUUCUAAUAAGCUUUCGUUCUAUUAGCAGUAUUUUCAGAGUUUUUUGGUAUCGCAACGACCAAAGUUCAAAGCCGUUCAAGUGAGAUCCAGCGCAAUUUGUCGCGAAGAUUGACUUCGUUCUGGAUACUGUAGUAGGUUGAACUUCUACUUAUUAUGAAGAGACCCCGAUAUAUCUAAUAUAUGUCCUGCAUGCAAUGAGUCGCCGCCUGACACUGGCCACCUCCUUGUAUGCCCCACGUACACCACUUAUCUGAAAUCCCUCUCCCUUUGGUUCGACCCCGUCGAAACACCACGUUUAUUCAGCCUACCGUUGGAUGACGCUGACGACAAUUUAGCUAAUCCUUACCAUCCUAACGGGGAUUAGGUAUCCGUUACAACAACAACAAUAGCCGAGGAUUGAUCCUACACUCCAUCCUAACCAAACAAGUGGAUAAUGAAUUUUUCAGAAUCCCUUCGAAAUGAAAAAAAAAAUUUAUAUUUAUUUUUAGUUUUUUGAAAAUAAAAUUUUUAUUAGAUUUACUCCAAGUGGAUUCUUUAUGCAUAUUGUUUCGAUGGUGAUUUAACCUCAAUUUAACGUUGCUCCUUUUUCACAUAAAAAAAUAAGAGUAUUAAUUCCUUCAAUAACUCAUUAAAGACUUCGUGACUUGAGGUCCCUGAAAGCAUUGAACCUCUUUAUCUCAUAAAUUAUAUUCAGAACUUUUCAGCUUAUUUCAUUCUAAUGAAUUUUAUUUUCUUUAAUUGUAGUUAGUUUUCAGAAUUAUGUAAAUUGUAAAUAAAUAAUAAAAUACCGUUAACAUUCAUGCACCAACAUUUCUUAGUGUUAAACACAUAAAUAAAUAAAUAUUAAUAAUAACUUUCAAGUGCAGAAUAUAAAGUAAAUUAGAAACGCCAUUUAUACGUAAUUUAAUUGUAGUUCAAUGUUGACAAUGCCUUUACAUACUUACCUCUCUACUAUACAUAUAUACUACCAUACUUACUCGAGUACAUAUCAAUAAAGUGUUAUUUUUCGAUACUAUUUCAACUCUGAAUGUAAAUAUUUGCCUUUUCAUUUACAAUUACAUUUACAUUUCGAUGGAUUUCUUUUCCGAUUUAUCUAUUACAUACGUAUGCACUCGUAUACGUCAAAUAACUGCUUACGAACCGUAAACGAGCAACGCAAAGUUUUGUAAAACCGCAACAAACCCUGUAAAAACAUGGUUGCCUUAUUGGCGGCGGAGAAACGACCGGGCACCACCGAGUGGGAGAAGCACGCCGAUCAUUUGUCGAAAACCCGCAAAAUGAAUGAAUUCAAAGGUGGCGGAAAAUUUCGACGCUUUGGACCGCCAACGCAACCGGCGAACUAUCCCACUAAACCCAUAGAAAAUCUGAGGCGAACGCUGCUCGAGGAUGACAGCUGUUACAGUGAUGCUUAUUAUAAUAGUAACAGCAGUCCGCAGCAUUCGACGGCGUCCGAUAGUCCGAGGUUACGACGUGCUCGCUUACCCACAAAUGGCGUACUUGCUGCGAACGCUAAACGUAUGCAGCGCGAAUUCGCUACUUUUGUUAGUAAUCGACGUAAUGUAACCAGCGCGUUACGCCACACGGUUUUACCCGCCAUUAGUCGUCACUUCGACUAUAAUCCACAACGUCCGUGUAUCAGUUCACCUACACCUUCGGUUAUUGGUUAUACUCGUUCUGGCUACUCAACGCCUGUUAUGAUGCAUCCUGAAUUACUGCCCAAUCAACGAAGUGCCAGCUGGAAAAGAGGUGCUUCCAGUUCUCGUUUGCAUUCGCCUCCAUCACAUAUGGGGCGGGUGUUACCGCGUGUCAUAGCACCGUUAGAUCCACAGUUGGCAGCAAAUGUCAUCUCGCAGUCGAAGCUGAAGUCUACGAAAGCUUUUGCGUCGCUGAGAGGUGACACGAACGGACGAUCAAGAAUAUUCGGACAAACACGCUCCGGUUCACCCGUGAAUAGAAGAGUAUUUGCGAGAAGAUCGGGUUCGCCUCCUGCGAGUAAGGGUCGCGUUCCAUAUGUCAGAUCUGGUUCACCGGAAAGAAUAAGAGCGCUUAUACAGGAUAAGGUAGAGAGGAAAACUAAAGUAAAACCCUUAACGGAAACUCCGACUAAAAUUAGAUUAGAGCGGAAAGCCAGUGUAAAAGGAAGUAAAGAGGUUGAUACAAAAGAGCUGCCUACAAAUGGAUUUUCAUUAGCGAAGGCUCUAUCACCCAUUAAAAUAGCCGCAGAGACGCAUUCGUUGCCACAUUUGAAAAGUGACGAAAAGAGGACAACGUUUGUGGCACAUUCCCUCAUGGAGGUUGUUGAGCAAGCUGUGGAACGUGCAAAAAAUGGUGGAGAUAUCUCAGAUUCGAAAGAUGGGAAGGAAAAUGCACAGAAUGAAGAAGCGUUGAAAAUCAAGAAAGAGACACCUGUGAAAGACGAAAGGCAGAAAGAAACACCUACAAAGUCACCGAACACGGUAAAGAAAAACGGGGGAAAGAGAAGUGCCAACGGGAAAGAUGCUGAAAAUGAAAAAUCACCAAACAAAGACCCCAUUAAGAGAGGAAGCAAGUCCAAUAUGUGGCUUGAAAAUAAGGAUACUUCGAACUCGAAUGCAAGUUCCAUUCGUAGUAAGAAACCGGUCCCUAGUCCUGUGCGGCGAAACUCAAAGAGUAGUUCAACUAUCGGAAGUAAGGGAAGUAAUAAUGUCACCAAGCUCACAAGUCAGCCCUCUACUUCGAGACAGAAGAGUAGUCCUUCACAAAAUACUGAAAAAGAUGCUCAAAUUGAAAAUUUAGCAAUUAGUGGUCGUUUCAGUACGAGUCCAAAUAAAAAGUCUCCGGCUCAUCAUGAGACGCACAAUUUGUGGGCAAAUACCGGUCCCGAACGUAAAGAUAUAUCAAGUAGCCAUAAUCGAACACUAGAAACCAAGUUAAGCACAAAAGGUGGUUCUACUCAAAGUCUUGGAAAAGUGGGUCGCACGAGUCCAAAUUUAAAACGAAGAGAAAAUGGUGGAAAUAGUCUUACAGAAAAUCGGUCUCCCAUCAAUAAUACAGUAAGGGCAAACAGUUCACGUGGAAAUCAUAUUAGUCAAGAGUCAAAAACAGUCAACAAUAAUGACAGGUAUUCCAACAAAAAUAAUUGGAACAGUUCCAGCAGAAGAAAUAGUAAAGAGCAAUAUACAAAUAUUAGUAAUAGGUUUGAAUACAAUGCAACCCUGAGUUCUUUACCGAGAGAAAAAAAUCGCAGCCCCAGAAAAUAUAAUACCUCGAGCCCCUACCACGAAAAACAGGGUCCGGAAGAAGUGGAGAAAAUAAAUUAUGUUUUGCAAAUGAACGGGGAGGCGAAUAAUUCGGUGAAAAAUGCAACCGGCGAUGAAUCUCUUCGAGGUACACAAUUCAACCUUAAUUUUGCCAAUAAGGGAUUUCAUGAUGAGCGAAGUUCUCUUCUUUCUAAAGAAAAUUUAAGUAAUAUUGAAAAUAUGAAAUAUCGCUCAGAAGGAAUACAUGGCCCACAACGAGAAAUCCACCUAAACUCACCUAGAACCAGUAAGAACAGUCCGGUAACCAAACCGAUAAAUAGCCACGAACAGAACAAUAAUGAACACAAGUCAAAUCACAUAACAAAUCAUAUACACAAUCUAACAGAAACUCUGAAAGCGAAUGACAAUCUCAGCACAAAUCAAAUGAAUUAUGAAGAAAAUGUACAAAAUGAAAAAACUCCAACGCACCAAUUUACAAAGAGUCCAAUAAAACAAACAAAAAAUACUACUGUGUAUUCUCCGAGUCAUAACUCGCAUAAUAGUUCGCCUUCGAAAUCGUCAAAGUCUUCCAGCAGCAUUGUCAUACGCACGAAUCUUUCUACACCUGAAACCGAAGACUACGAUGAGGAGGUAUUGAAUCGUGAAUUAUCGCAAGAGCUUGAACAACUCAAACUCUACGACAGCGAAACAAGAGAUGAAAGGAACUUCUCGCAACACGCUAGCAUAGAGGAAGAUUCACAAACCGAUCUGGAAGAAUAUUCUCGUACCGAUCAUGAGGAGAGUUCUCGUACCGAUUACGAAGAAGCCCUACACACCGACGCUGACGUGAGCUCACGUACAGAUGUUGAUAAUUAUUCAGCUGCCUCCUCAAGUAGUGAAGAUCUAAUUAACACACUAUCUCCACAAACUGCCUACCUCAAUUUGGGUCGUAGCGCUACAAUGCUGCCGCUAAAACCCAAACCCUCGAUUCUCAAACCACCUACAUCUCUUUUCCACAGCCCGUCACAUACUAGUUCAUCGUACCGACGGUAUUCGUCGUCGUAUGAAAGUGAUCAGUUGGAGAAAGUGCUCUUUAUCGGCGAGCUUAGCUCGGUGGCGCGUAGUCGGUCAGCAUGUGUACUGAGCCCUACCGAAAAGAUCGAUCGCUGUGAUGUGUGCCACAACACUUAUGUGAUAAAGUAGCUAAACUGUAACAAAAGUCCUAGCCUAAAUGAAGAGAUGCAUUUAACUAAUAAAAAAGUGUUCAUUUUUAAAUUCAACCAUUCUAGGUAUUAUGUUUCCGUGGUUUGCUUGUACUGAAUUUAGCAGAGGGUUGACUACUGUUUCAUAAUUUUGUGGGUUCUCCUAUACAUUUUAUGUAUCAAUACGUUUGUAAGAUCCGAGACUGUUGUGUCCUAUGAUAGUGUUUUUUUACGUAGCGUGUCCCAAACCCAGCGCGCAACCUGUGGAGGGGA